GCCAGAGUCAGAUUCACACAUGCAAGCAGAAUAGAGUGAAAAACUGAAAGGAAGGCCUUCCGCCUAGGACUCAGAAAUCAGUGCUCACCCAGGUGACUUGUCCCUUUGGAUUGGGGGGAUUUCCAGCAGAUAAAUAGGGGGACAGGAUAGUCAAUAUUUGCACAGAUCAUUAAGGCUUACAAAGUGAUUAUUGUAUAGAUAAUUUAACCUCCUCAACAACCCUGUGAAAUCAUUAUAAUCCCACUUUACAGAUGGGAAAACAGGCUAAUCCUGGAGUUCAGGCCAACACUCUGAUGAGUUGUCAAUAUAAACCUGAGGAAAAUGGAGCCUAGUUUAGGAAUGUAAAAGAUGCCAAGAAAUGGAAAGACUUGCCCCGUUCAGGAACAAAACCAGGUCCAGAGUCAGGACUUCCCAAAGGCCUCCUCCAUGUUCCUCCAAGACUGGAAUGAGCUGAAUAAACUGCAAGAUGCCUCAGAAAAUCAUCUAAUCUACUCCCUCCCCUCGUUUUAUUAAGGAGGAAACAAAUGGUUCCUAGAAGUGACUUGCCCGAUGGCCUCACAUGUAGCAAGUGGGAGUGAGGUCGGGAGAAAUCUAGAAUGGAGAAAACCAGCGUAGGCCAGAAAGGCGGGUGCGCAUGCGAGUGUCUGCCCAGGAACCCCCUGGGCCGGCGUGGCCCCUAAAGCCGGGUCCUGGACACUCAGGACGGGGUGGGGCCUUUGCAAUGGCCACGCCCCCCUCAGCUGCCGCCAGUUCCCCCUUGGACGGGCGCGGGGGUGGUGGGAGCGUCCGGAAUAGCCAGAGGUCUGGGGUGGGGUCUCCCGCUCGCGCCAUGGAGGGGGAGCCCACCCCGGACUUCUCUGACCUCCGGGAGCUGCUGGCCCCGCCCUGUUUGGAGCCGGCGCCGGGGCUCCAGGGGGUCCACCCUCUACCUCACCCCUCUCCCAGCGUCGGCUCCUUAAUCUUGCGCCCGGAGAACCAAGGCCCUGGGGGCUGCAGGUCUCCUUGGCUGGCCCUCCCAGCUGCAGUGACUGGCCUGCGCUUCCUCCAGGAGACAGCAGAGCGGCUCCCUCAGGCUCCUGCCCCCGAAGCCUCCCAAGCAGAGCCCUGGCUGGAGCCCUCGGUGCCCCCCAGGGCCUUGGCCCCCCUGACGGUCCCUGGGGGCCCUCCUGCCUGGGAUGCUGUGAACUCCUUAGCCCUCAUCAGCCUGCAGUGCCACCGACUGAGUCCCCCAAGGACCAGGAAGCAGGUAGGGCCAGGAGUGAGACUGGGGAGCCCAGCUGGCCUCCAGGCCCUGGCAGGCAGGACCCUCCGCAAGCAGCCCCACCCGCAAAGGGGAGCCGAGGGGCUGGAGCCCGGAUUCCAGGGCGUUAUGCUGAAGAUGCACCUGAAGCCUGAGCAGGAGGGACACCAGCUGCUGAUCACUGCCCAGUUCAGUUCAGCUUGUGGUUCCCGGAGCUGGGGGGCUUCACCUAGCCCCGUGAGAGCCUUGCCCAGCCCCCCGGGGGCAUCCACGUCCAGCCAUCCGGAUUCCCAAGGGAGUCGAAGCUGUGCCUCCUGCCGAACCCAGAGAACACCGCUGUGGCGGGAUGCCGAGGAUGGGACCCCCCUGUGUAAUGCCUGUGGCAUCAGGUAUAAAAAAUAUGGAAUCCGCUGCCCUGCCUGCUGGACUGUACCCAGGAAAAGCAUCUACCCACUUGGGCACUGUAACCGUUGUGGGGCCUGGCUCUGUACCCCGCAAGGCCCCAUCAGGAAGGGGACCGAAGGCCAAGACUCCGGUGUCCGGGCCCGGCUCCCCCGGCUCCAUGGGGAGAAGGAGAAGGGCUUCUCCAGAGAAGUGGCCAUGAGGGCUGGAGAGAGAGCUGGGAUCUCCACUGGCCGGAGGCACUGCCCUGAUGAGGUGUGGAUUCCGGCUCCCAUGGGAAGGCCGGAGCAGUGACUUCAGCGUCAGCCCCCCUCGCCCCCGCCCCCCCUCACUCAUCCAGAUUCAAAAGCAGAAAUAAAAUAGAUUUGUUCCUGCAGCA